AUGGCUAGCCCAAGUCAUCGCCGCUUGGGCUCUCAUGGCCAGCAGCGAAGUCUUGUCCAAAACGACGCCCUCGAGCCCGGCCCUGUCUACAGCAAGGCCUACGGCGGCGAAGACACGCUUCCGCCCCCAAACACAGAUCACCACCAUCAUCACCACUACAAGCGCACCAAGUGGCGAAGUGAGAAAGGAUCCGGCAUGAGCCUGUUCAAGAUCAAGGAGAGCGGCGAGAGUGGCCGCGGUGGCAUUCACCCCUGGCACUUCCUCAGAAUCUGCUUCCGCUCGUCAUGCAAGGCCAGCGCGGCCGUCAAUGUUCUGUGGCCCGUUGUUCCCGUCGCAUUGGCCGUUCGAUAUACCUUGCCAGAUAACCACACUCUCAUCUUCAUUCUCUCUUACAUCGCCAUGGCACCUUGUGCCAACCUCAUCGGAUUCGCUGGUCAGGAGUUUGCACGCAAGGUUCCCCAUGUUUUCGGCGUUCUCAUCGAGACGACGGUCGGCUCCAUCGUCGAAAUCAUUCUCUUCAUGGUUCUGCUCUCCAAAGACCAGUUUCUCGUCAUAAAAGCCGCCAUCCUCGGUUCGAUUUUAGCUACCAUGUUACUUUGUUUGGGCCUCUGUUUCUUCGUCGGUGGAAUAUACCACGAGGAACAGACUUUUAGCGACACCAUCAGUGAGGCUGGUAGUGGUUUGCUUCUCACGGCGGGCGUGGCGCUGGCUAUUCCCACUGUGUUUAUGCGAGGCCUCCCGGACGAUAACACUUUGACGGCGGAACAGAUUGCUCACAAAACCCUGAGCAUCUCGCGAAUCGUCUCUGUCCUCCUCAUUAUCGCCUACUGCGUCUAUGUCUUUUUCCAGGCCCGAACCCAUCACGGUAUUUACCAUGCCAUCUUUGAAAUGGACGAGGAGCGCGACCGUGACGGCCAUAAGGACGCCGCCAAGGAUAAGCUCACCAUGACAGAGUGUAUCGUUGCAUUAAGUAUUGCCGUGGCUCUCGUUACCUUGAUUGCCAUCACUCUCGUCUUGCAGAUUGAACAUAUUAUCGAAAAGUCAAAGGUGUCCGAUGCUUUUAUGGGUCUUAUCCUGGUUCCUCUGGUCGAGAAGUUUGCCGAGCACAUUACGGCCAUUGACGAAGCAUGGGAUAAUCAGAUGAACUUUGCCCUUUCUCACGUCUUGGGUGCCACCCUUCAGACAGCUCUCUUCAACGCUCCCCUGGUCGUCAUUGUUGCCUGGGGUCUUGAAAAGACCCUGGACCUGGAGUUUGGCAUUUUUGAGUUGGUCAUGCUUUUCCUUGCCAUCUUGACCGUUGGUCGAUUUUUGCAGGAUCAAAAGAGUAACUAUCUCGAGGGUUUCCUCCUUGUGACACUUUAUGUGGCUGUCGCAGUGUCUGCGUUCUACUACCCGAACCCAACGACUCAUGGAGCUGGAGGCGGCGAGAGUGGCGGUGCCGAGCAUUCUUCUCCAGGCACUGAAGCUGGAGGCGCUGAAGCCGGUGGCCAUAAACUUCGAUUCUUUUAG